AUAAUAUAUCUUUGUUUUUGCACUCUUUGCAGGGUGAACCCGAGGCGCGUGUGACGUCGUACAAGCGCUUUCGAACGUGGCUCAUCCGCAAGCGCAGUCGCGAGAGUCCCGCUGCGAGUACGCCCUUGGCCACUGGGCAGCGCUGUCGACCCACUUUUAAGUUAGAUGGAGUCUGUCAGAGGCUGGAGCUGGAUUCUCCCUCGAGGCAUCAGGAAACGGCCCAAAGAGCACAAGAGUCCAGGCUGAUUGUGUGUGACACCAACGCAACACCGAAGACACAAUGCAUCAUUGCAAACCGCAGAAGAUGUUCAGACAUGUUCAAUGCGCCAAAACAGGAAUGGAUUUGGACUGCACAUGAAAGUGGAGAUGCACAAUCAACUGAAAAAGUCCAAAGUGAUCCCAAGCCAUUUUCGGUCCUGAAUGUAUCUUCAGCGAGUCCGCGAGCAGAGUCCGCACUCAAGUUGGCUGCACCAUCGCUGGUAAACGACUACUACACGCAUCUUUUAGACUGCAGCUGUACCGGCAUCCUCGCAUUAGCUCUGGACUCUUCUGUUUACAUUUGGAAUUCAGAAACUCGCUCUCUGCUCGGACGACUGGACCCGUGUCCCGAACCGGGUCGAGAGCGGCGCCAGACUGUUUCGUGCAUACGCUGGAGUGCGGACGGCCGUGUUCUCAGUAUCGGAACCAGGCGAGGGGUGGUACAGUUGUGGGACAUUGAACAGAGGAAGAAUGUGAGGUCACUGGUUUCAUACCUAUCCGUGGUUCGAGGUCUUUCUUGGAAACAGCAACUUCUCAGCAGGUAG